AUGAGAAGCCUCAAUCAGUCCAGCAUCUCCGAGUUCCUCCUCCUGGGCCUCUCCAGGCAGCCCCAUCAGCAGCAGCUCCUCUUCCUGUUCUUCCUCACCAUGUACCUGGCCACUGUCCUGGGGAACCUGCUCAUCAUCCUGGCCAUCAGUACUGACUCUCGCCUACACACCCCCAUGUACUUCUUCCUCAGUAACCUGUCCUUCAUGGACAUCUGCUUCUCCUCCACCACUGUCCCCAAGGUGCUGGCCAAUCAUCUGCUUGGCAGCCAGACCAUCUCCUUCUCUGGUUGCCUCAUGCAAAUUUAUUUUCUCUGUGUGUUUGCUGAGAUGGACAAUUUCCUCCUGGCUGUGAUGGCCUAUGACCGCUUUGUUGCCAUCUGCCACCCCUUACACUACACAGCAAAGAUGACUCCUCAGCUCUGUGUUUUGCUGGUGGCUGUAUCUUGGGUUGUCGCCAAUCUGAAUGCUUUGUUGCACACUUUGCUAAUGGCUCGACUCUCAUUCUGUGCAGACAAUGUGAUCCCCCACUUUUUCUGUGAUGUGACCCCGCUCCUGAGACUCUCCUGCUCAGACACAUAUCUCAAUGAAAUGAUGAUUCUUUUUGAAGCAGGGCUGAUAGUGAUAGCCCCAUUUAUUUGUAUUCUAGUGUCAUAUAUGUUUAUAGUUUGUGCUGUCCUGAGGAUCUCAUCAAGGAGAAGAAGAUGGAAAGCUUUCUCCACUUGUGGCUCCCACCUGGCUGUAGUUUUUCUCUUUUAUGGCACCAUCAUAUCUCUAUAUUUCAACCCCAUAUCCUCUCACUCAGCUGAGAAAGAUACUGCAGUUGCCAUGAUGUACACAGUGGUGACUCCCAUGCUAAAUCCUUUCAUCUACAGCCUAAGGAACAAGGAUAUGAAAGGGGCUCUUGGAAAAGUCAUUACCAUAAAAUUUUUAUCUAUUUAA